GGGGCCAGGCGGACCUCUCUGGGGAGCGCAUUCCAUAGAUGGGGCGCCACUGCAGAGAAAGCGGAGAAAGAUUUUCCUAAUUGCGCUCCACUGCGGGGUUCCGGUGCCACCUGUACUGGGUCAGGCUGCUUGAACUGUUAGUAUAAAUUCUUUCCACACCGGGAGGAGAAUGUCACGAAAAAGCUCAAGGGAAUCGAAAAAAGUUAAUGCAUCCAGCUCUUUGGAGUCAGAAGAUAUUAGUUUGGAGACUACAAUACCCACUGAUGAUAUCUCUUCCUCAGAAGAUCGGGAAGGCACUGUUAAAAUUACUAGGCAGCUUAUUGAGCGGAAGGAACUGCUUCAUAAUAUCCAGUUAUUGAAAAUAGAGCUAUCCCAGAAGAACUUAAUGUUAGACAACUUGAAGGUGGAAUACCUGACAAAAAUUGAAGAAUUAGAAGAGAAACUUAAUGAUGCUCUCCAUGAGAAACAGCUGUUGUCUUUACGCCUAGACAACCAGUUGGCAUUACAGCAAGAAGAUGCUCGAAAACAUCAAGAACUGAUGAAACAGGAAAUGGAAACGAUCUUGUUACGCCAGAAGCAGUUAGAAAAGAAUAACCAUCAGUUAAGAGAAUGGUCUGGAGAUAUCCGCCGCAGCUUGCGUGACCUUGAAUUGACUGAUGAAUCCUACACCAGACUCAGAUCUCUACCAGAAGAUGAACUCUCUAUUCCUGAAUAUGUGUCUAUCAAAUUCUAUGAAGUAGUGCAUCCUUUAAGAAAAGAGUUAAGUGACCUACAAGUGAAGAAGGAAACAGCAUCAGAAGCACUGAAUGAUUACAAAUCCCAGCUGAAACAACUGAUGGAGAACUAUGAAGCAGAGAGAAGGGAUCGUUCAGAGGUGGAAGUUAGGUGUCAGCGUUUAGCCCUUGAACUCGCUGAUACAAAACAAAUGAUUCAGCAAGGGGACUAUCGGCAAGAGAACUAUGAUAAAGUAAAAUGUGAGCGUGAUGCACUUGAACAUGAUUUCUCAGAGCUCCGAAGAAAAUACGAAAUUUUAGAAGUUUCACACAAAGCAUUAACCAAAGAAAGGAAUGAUUUAUCAAAAGAGGUUGCAAAUUUACAACAGUCUGUUACCUUACUGCAAAAAGAUAAGGAUUUCCUCAACCGUCAAAACAUGGAGCUCAGUGUUCGCUGUGCUCAUGAAGAAGAUCGUCUUGAAAGACUUCAGGUUCAGCUAGAAGAUGCAAAAAAGGCCAGAGAAGAAAUGUAUGAAAAAUAUGUCACAUCCAGAGAUCAUUAUAAAACGGAGUAUGAAAACAAACUGCAUGAUGAACUGGAGCAUUUAAGACAAAAAACAUCCCAGGAAAUCGAACAGCUUCGAACAGCUACAAAAGAAAUGUAUGAGCGUGAAAACAGAAAUCUAAGAGAAGCUCGAGAUAAUGCUGUGACUGAAAAAGAGAGGGCUGUUGCAGCCGAAAAAGAUGCCUGUGGAAAAUAUGAGCAGCUCUUAGAACAGUACAGGCAGCUGCAGCUCAGCACAGAAAGCAAAGUGGCUGAACUUUUCCAUCAGAGUAAACUGAAGUCAUUUGAAAGUGAACGUGUUCAACUCAUGCAAGAAGAAACGUCUAGAAACCUUUCUCAGUGUCAGCUGGAGUGUGAAAAAUACCAGCGAAAAUUUGAAGUUUUAACCAAAGAAUUUUAUGAUCUCCAAGCACAAAGUGAGAAACGGAUUUCAGAACUUCAGGCACAUAAUUCUGAGUACCAGGCAAGGCUUGACACAUACGAAAAACUGGAAAAAGAACUUGAUGAGAUAAUAAUGCAAACUGCAGAACUUGAAAACGAAGACGAAGCAGAAAGAGUUCUGUUCUCCUAUGGAUAUGGUGCAAACGUUCCUACAACAGCCAGAAGGCGGUUGAAGCAAAGCGUCCAUUUGGCAAGAAGGCUACUACAGCUAGAAAAGCAAAACACGUUGCUCACAAAAGACCUGGAGCGUCAGAAGGAACAGGUUACCCAGAUUUCACAAGAGCGUGACAGAAGUAAUUCCUUGUUGAAUCAAGUACAGCAGCCUUACAGAUACCUCAUUGAGUCUGUACAACAGAGAGAUUCUCAGAUUCUUGUACAAAAAGAAAAGAUUGUACAACUUGAGAAGGAUAUUGAUCUUUUAAAUAAAGAAAAGACAGCUUUGCUGCGUGUCAAGAAUCAAAUGGCAGCAGACUUAGAGAGACUUCUAAAUCAUCGUGAGGAACUUGCUGCAAUGAAGCACAUGUUGAUGCGUCUUCAUGGCAAACCCCAAGGAGACAGCUUGCCGGAGAAACAGAAUAGAAGUCCUUUAAAAUCCAUUUCCAGUCCAUCUGCCCAUUUACCUUUAGAACAUGAAGAAGGAGGUGUGUUUGCACCCAAGCCAACUUUAUUUACAAAGGAAGCUCCGGUACCAUGGAUGAAGAAGGCGAAGCAGAAAAAGGCAUCCUAGAUCAGUAUUCCAAGAAAAAAGUUGAUCACCAUAAUCAUGUUUUAAUACCUCUUCAUUAAGCAGCUCUGCUUUUGUACCAGCAUGUUAACUCCUUUUAUUUUAAUAAGACUAUUACAACACAAGAUUAGAGUUACAUUUGUAAUAUCUCAGAAUUCAUGUGCAUAAAUCCAUGUGCAUAAAUGAUGCUAAUAAAGACCUUUGAAUUUA